AUGAGAAAGCGACCACGCACGGAGAGCAGGGUGGCGGACAAGCACAGCUCGCCUCCCACACUUGCAGGCCCAACUCCAGAUGACUCUGAUGUGCCAAUCUCAACUGCAAACGGAUGGCCAGCAAGUCAAGAAGCUGUCACGGCCGCCCGCGCAUUUCUCACUGAAUGCGCGCAUGCACAGCAACCCGUCCUCCUCCUCCCUGACAAGGACGCAGACGGUCUCUGCUCCGGGUUCAUCCUCCACCGUACCCUGCUCGCUCUCGGCCUCGCGCCCUCCCUCCUCUCCGUGCACUUCGUCGCCAAAGGCUCCAACGUACACGCUGCCUCCGAGCGCGCCGCCAUCGCCCGCCACGGCCCACGCUACAUCAUCCUCGCCGAUCAAGGCAGCCGCGCAUGUCCCCCAAUCGCCGACGACGCCAGCGUGAGGACGCUCAUCGUCGACCACCACCAGAGCGACGCGUUCCCCGAUGGCGCACAGGUCCUGUCAGCCGCGCAUCACGAGCCCGUGGCCACAUCUUCGACGCUCGCAUAUAUCCUCUGCCGACCGCUCGUACUUGCAGUCUCUGGAUCUGCUGAGAUCAUCGAACAGCUAGAAUAUCUAUGCGUCAUGGGGACAAUAGGCGACCUCGGCACCGCAUUUCGCUGGGAUCCGCCCUUCCCCGAUAUGCGGGACUGUAUCAAACGAUACUCAAAGAAAGUCUCAAACGAGGCCGUCAGCCUCCUGAACGCUCCCCGCCGCACCGCGCGCUACGACGUCCUCUCCGCCUGGACCGCGCUCCUCAACACCUCCUCCCCGCGCGAGCUCGUCUCCCCUUCCAACCUGCACGCCCGCCGUCUGCACGCAGCGCGCAAAGAGGUCCGCGAGGAGACACAGCGCUGCGCACACACCGCACCGACGUUCUCCGGAGACGGGCGCGUCGCCCUCAUCCGGAUCUCGAGCGGCGCACAGGUCCACCCGCUGAUCGCCACCCGCUGGGCAUCCACGCUCAAAUCCACCCGGCUGGAAAUGGUCAUGUGCGCGAACGACGGCUACCUCCCCGGUCAAGGAAUGACCAACUUUGCCUGCCGCGUCGCGCGCUGCGCGAAACACGGUGGAAAGCCUGCAGAUGAUGGGGAUAUCAACAUCAUCGAGAUGCUGAAGGAUUAUGCAGAUCGCGUGCCGGGUUUACGCGCGAAGAUGGGUGAGGACUUCGCGAGAGGACAUAAGCAGGCUAGCGGAGGGAUCGUCCGCACGCAGGACUUCGAGCGACUCUGGAGUGUGAUGCUCGACGCAGAGCCAGUGGAGCUUGGGGCAGGAAGAUCACAGAGAAAGAAGAGAAAGACGGGUACCGAUCAAGAACCGGCGCAGACGAACACAUUGGAGGGAUGGAUCAGGAGGAAGCCUUGA